CCGCCAGACUCUUAGGUGGUACUGGACUCCAUCCAUUAGUACCUUACCUUACUUUAGUACCUUGGUCCAGUUGACCAGCUCACCCUUCUAUCAACGUAGCACUACCUCACACCCGUCGUCCUCGACCAACGCGCGCGCGCAAAAUACCACGAAUAACAUCGUCAUUUUGUGUGUGCAUAUCAGUAUUAUACAUUCGCAAUGGAAGCCGCUUCUGCUCGCGCUGCGGCUCGCGAUCGUUGGGGCGAUUUGCCAUCAUCUGGCCGAACCCCCUCCCAGCUCCAGCGCUUCAUCCAGGCUGCCUGCAGUCCCGAGAACUACGAACCCAACCUCGCCCUCAAUCUCGAGAUCGCCGACCUUAUAAACUCAAAGAAGGGAAGUGCUCCUCGUGAGGCUGCUACUGCAAUUGUCAACUACAUCAAUCAUCGCAACCCCAACGUUGCUCUGCUCGCCCUGGGCCUUCUUGACAUAUGUGUUAAAAACUGCGGAUACCCCUUUCACCUACAAAUCGGUACAAAGGAGUUCCUCAAUGAGCUCGUCAGAAGGUUUCCCGAACGGCCGCCAAUGCGCCCUACACGAGUCCAGGCCAAAAUCCUCGAGGCGAUUGAGGAAUGGCGAGGGACGAUAUGCGAAACGAGCCGAUACAAGGAGGAUCUAGGAUUUAUUAGGGAUAUGCACCGAUUAUUGAGUUAUAAAGGAUACGUCUUUCCUGAAGUGCGGAGAGAGGAUGCUGCUGUAUUGAAUCCCAGUGAUAACCUCAAGUCCGCUGAGGAAAUGGAAGAGGAAGAGCGAGAGGCGCAAUCAGCUAAACUUCAGGAACUCAUUCGCCGCGGUACCCCCGAGGAUCUCCAAGAAGCCAACCGACUUAUGAAGAUCAUGGCUGGCUACGAUACACGGUCAAAGACCGACUACCGCGCAAAGGCUGCUGAGGAGGUUGCCAAGAUCCAGGCUAAGGCGCGAUUACUAGAGGAGCGACUCGACUCCUUCAAGGAGGGUGACAAGAUGGAAGAUGGCGAUGUCUUCAGCGAAUUGGCUGCUGCCCUACAGAGCGCCCAGCCUAAGAUCCAGAAGAUGUGUGAAGAGGAAUCUGACGAUCACGAGGCUGUCGCCAAGCUGCUCGAGAUCAACGACAGCAUACACCGAACAGCAGAGCGAUAUAAGCUGAUGAAGAAGGGCGAUAUAGAGGGCGCUGCCAAGGUUGCCGCCGGUGGACCUCCCCCCUCUACUCCAGGAGUUACAGCAUCGUCUUCAAGCGCAACGAAUGAGCUGUCUCUCAUCGACUUUGAUGUUGAUGCCAGCAGUAAUGGUGCUCAGUCAAGCAAUGCCGCUGCACCUUCUGCGAACGCCGGAGGCCUUGAGAAUGACCUCCUCGGCCUAGAUAUUGGCGGAGAGUCGAGCAGUUUCGGGCAAGGCGGCGGUAUUGCUCUGGGUUUUGGCGCAAAUCAAAAUAUUCCUGGACCUGCGUUAUUAUCUUCCAUGACUCAGGACAACUCUGCCCGAGGUCAAGUUUCAACUCCAACUCCUCCCCCCUUUUCACAAUUCGCCUCCUUCUCACAGCCCGUCUCUCAAUCGACGACACCUCAGCCUCACUUCCAACAGCAGCCUCCUCCCCCAUCACAGCCCGCCUCUGAUCCAUUCGCUAUUCUUGGUGCUGGCAACUUGAACUCUCAACGCGCGUCUCCUGCGCCCCCUCAACCACAACCCGCUGCUACAGCCAACGAUGAUGACGAGUGGAGCUUCUCCUCUGCUCUCCCCCCAGAGCCAAGCAAGCCAAAGGAGCACAAGGCUGUUGUGAGCAACACAAAUGUGAAGAUUGAGAUGAUUGCCAGACGAGCACCUGGCAAUGAGAACGCUAUCAACAUCGUGUUUGCCUUUUCCAACAACGUGACACAGCCCAUCGGCGAACUUCACUUCCAGCUCGCCGUGACAAAGGGCUACGAACUUCAGCUCAAGCCUCAGACUGGUCGCGAUCUCGCCCCCCAGCAAAACCGCGGUAUCACGCAGGAGGUGCAGAUCUGGCACGCGGGCAACCGCGCUCAAAAGGUCACAAGCGCCAAGCUGCGGUGGCGUGCCUCAUACAAGACCGGCGAACAGACUGUCAACGAGAUGGGCGAGGUCACCGAAUUCAGCCUCGCAUAAGAACAGUGUUUUGCUUCCCGGGAUAGAAGCAGGCAGCAUAUGCAGGAAGUAAGUGGAAGAGUGGGAUGGGGCUUCAAAGAAGGGUUGAAGGACUGCUUUCUCGUUUGUUGAUCAAGAUGGACUGGAGCAUAGGACAGAAGAGAAAAAGCGAGACAGCGGAUGCUUUCUGGUUUGUCAAGUGGGCAGUUGCCUCGAAUGAUUUGCGUAUUGUGAUUGUGACAGGCUUCUUCGCAAACUUGAGUCGUUGAAUGCAUUUGGAUUCAGAUCAUGGACGACAGGAGUUUGUUCACGACGAAACGCAAUUAGAAGUUCAAGUCUGUGAUUUUGGUCACCAGGGCAAAUUACAUGGCAAAGCGCAAUUUUGAUAUAGGCUGGUUAUUGCUAUAGUCAUUAGACCAUCAUCAUCUUUUACAAUUGUUCAACUCCAACUCUAACAUCUAAUACCGGUGAACUAGUCCUCUCCUGUGGGAAGUGCCCGAAUGGUCGUGACGCCUUGUCUGGCUGUUCUGCUUUCAAAAGCCACCAUUGUCUGAGGGCGAAUUAUCAAUCAUCUCUGGUCUUUUCUUGCUUCAUGACCGGGGUCACCCAUGUGCCGUCCAUCUGCAAGCAUGUAAACCAGGUAAACGCCUGUAGUCCCACAAACAAAUCUCUUACACGCCAAUACUCCCACAAACCGCCUAAGGGGGCCAUGCCGGGCCAUCCAUGAUCUGCAAAACAGCCUCGAAGAGUGUGAAACAAAAGAAAAAAAAAGUGAGGACUCGGGAUUUCCUGUGUAAAUAGUUGUGGGCGGUGUAUACUGCCAGAUGCGAGCAUAGCACGAUGACAGAAGGUUAAGUGUGCUGAGCUAGAGCACAUCUUUUGUUUGAAUGUUGUUUCUCUUUUCAAGAGUGUUAAGCCCAACGCCAGUGUCGAAAGGUAGAUGGCGUGUCACGAGGACCAUUUGCAAAUGAGGAAGGAUCCUAAGCCCCUAACUCGCUGACAGCAAAGGAUGGUGUGGUUGGGUUUAGUGAGUAGCCACCAUGGGUAGGUGUCUUGGCCAUUUGGGCCAUUGUUUCGCGCUCAGCCUUCUCACGUUCCCGUUGUGCCUUCUCCUGCUUAGUGAUACGGGGUUUUCGGGUGACAGAGCCACCUCGAGAUCCGGGUCCUCCGCCGCGGCCGCUGCCUGUCCCACCUCUGGUCGACGCACCUCUUCCACCACCUCUGCUACCUCUUCCACCCCGUCCGC